AGAAUAUCGCCGAUGAAUGAACGUUCAGUGAAUUUGUGACAUUUCCCGACAUAUUGAAUAUUGUUUUACAUGCGAUUUCUUGUGUUGGACCGUGGAGAUGGCUGCUAACAAUUAUUGCGGUUUUACGUACGGUGGUACACAAUAUGGGGCUCCUGCAGCGGGUGCGGCUUAUCCGGCGGCACAGGCUGGCUAUGCGGUUGCUCCGGCCGCGACGGCUGCGUAUGGAACCCAGCGGGCCGGCUACGAUCAGGCCUACCAAGCGGCCGCUACCCCAGGAUCAUUCGCAAGUGCUGCUGCUAAUCCGGGCGCCACAACAACAUAUGAUUACGGUUACGGGCGACAAUAUGACGUCACGAAAACAUACUACCAGCAAGCUGGAGCCACACCGGGAUACACUGCUCCCGCAUAUACUGCAACCACAACAGCGACUAAGACCCACUAUUCAGCCCCACCAACAAGGAAUAUAAUACCGCCUGCAACAACAAAAGCCGCCACAGCUACCACAACUCAAAAUAAUCAAACAGUUACCAAUGUGACUCAGAAUACAGCACCUAAACAAGCACAAGCAACCACUAACACUACCACCUAUACAAAUUAUGAUGCUGCUUUGUACAGUGCAGCAACAAUGUAUGUGGCACAACAGACAAACAAAGCGAAUGCAAACGCAAAUUGGCAAUACAAAAAACCAGGCCCAGGUGCUGGUAUGAAUAAACAGCGAGCGAAACCCCAGCCUCGUCCUCAACAAUUGCAUUAUUGCGAAGUGUGCAAAAUAAGCUGCGCCGGGCCCCAGACCUAUCGAGAACACUUGGAAGGGCAAAAGCACAAAAAACGUGAGGCAAGUUUAAAAAUGAUGGCCAGCGCUACAGCUACGAACCAAAAUCGUGGUAAUAACUACCACUGUGAAUUGUGUGAUGUUACAUGUACAGGGAAUGAUGCCUACGCUGCCCAUGUCCGUGGCUCCAAGCAUCAGAAAGUCGUGAAAUUGCAUCAGAAACUAGGAAAACCCAUACCGUCAAGUGAUCCGAAGAAGUUGACGAAAAUUAACUUUGUGCCCGCAGGUGAAGGGAAAGAGGGUGAAGCUGCCGCCGCUGAAAUCGCGGAUGAUGAACCUAUUUCGGAAGACAUUAAGCCAGUUGGUGUUGAAUACAUUGAAGAAUUGAAAGAUGCAGAGGGCAAGAUCUUAAGUUUCAAUUGCAAGUUAUGUGAAUGCAAGUUCAAUGAUCCGAAUGCCAAGGAAAUGCACAUGAAGGGCCGUCGUCAUCGACUCCAGUACAAACGCAAGGUUCAACCAGAUCUGGUGGUGGACAUCAAACCAACUCCACGUCAACGUCGCAUAGCAGAAGCUCGAGCUCAACGUGCUUUAAUGCAGGCAGAGUAUUGGAAUUCAAGACGCAAUGAGAACGAUGAUGAAGACCCCAUGUAUUGGGACGAACGCCGUCGUUUUGAUGACGAAUUCGAAUAUAUGAACUGGAUGCAACGCAAUUUCCCUGGACCUGGACCACGUGGACCACCUAUGGGUCGACCAGGACCCCCAAUGGGCCAUCCUUUCUACGGCAUGAUGCCCGGACGACGUCCAGAGAGCUCUGAUGAUCGUCAUGUUGUUGCGCGCCACGCUGAAAUCUACCCGAAAGAAGAGGAACUUCAAACUAUUCAAAGAAUUGUUUCGCAUACUGAACGCGCUCUCAAAUUUGUGUCGGAUGCUUUGACUGAAACGAAAUCUCAAACAAAUGAAACAAAAGCAAACGGUACGAGUACGACUGAUGCAAAAGGGACUGAAAAUAAAGAGAAUAAUGGAAAGGCGCCAAAAGAGGAUGGUCGGGACAAUCAAAUGUUUUCAUUCCAAAAAGAGGCUGAAGGGGGAAAUAUUCGCAUUCUUAAAGGUGUUAUGAGAGUUGGACUGUUGGCUAAAGGACUGUUGCUCCAAGGUGAUAAUGUUGUUCAGUUGGUUGUUCUCUGCGCUGAGAAACCAGUUCUUUCAUUGCUGGAUCGUGUUGCUAAUGAACUCCCAAUUCAGUUGCGUAAAGUAUCAGAAGAACAUCAAUACAAUGUUAGUACCGAUCCCCCAGAAGGUGCAGUAUUAGUGUCGGAUGGAACUAUUACGGUUAAAGUAUCUCUCACGUCGCCACUAUUACGGGAGCAAGAUACAAACAAUGCGACAACAGCUGAACAAACAGUUCAGAAAUCAGAAGAUCUUCUGCCGCGUGAACCCUGUCUACAGGCACUAGCCGCAUUACGGCAUGCAAAAUGGUUCCAGGCUAGAGCCACCGGUUUACAGUCUUGUGUUAUGAUUAUGAGAAUUCUCCGUGAUUUGUGUCAGCGAGUGCCAACUUUGCAGCCGCUAAGCCAAUGGGCAAUGGAACUAUUAGUUGAGAAAGUGAUCUCAUCAGCAGGAAUACCACUGAGCCCAGGGGACUGCUUGCGACGAGUUAUGGAAGCAUUAUCUACCGGUUUCCUAAUUAAUGGCCCAGGCAUCUUGGACCCCUGCGAGAAAGAUCCUCACGAUGCGCUGCAAGGACUAUCCAAGCAGCAGAGAGAAGACAUAACAGUAUCCGCCCAGCAGUUUUUGCGUUAUAUCGCAUUUAGACAAAUCUAUAAGGUUCUUGGAAUGGAUCCACUCCCUGCUCCGAAAUUCCAAGCAAGGCCCUGGAGAUUGCAUCGCAAACGUAGGCGCUCAGGCGAAGGGGGCGAUAGUGAAGGUGACGGAAAAAUGGUCAAGAAGGAAGGCGGGGAGGAGCGCAUGGAGACAGAUCCCAAGUGAACAUUUCACGCUAAUAUGAACUCAGUUCGAAUAUACAAAUAAACGGUACAUUAGAUAUUGUUGAGGAAAGAAGCUUAGAUUUCACUAGAUUUGAGAAAACAUUCUACAUUAUAAUCAUCUGAACCAACAGAAAGGCAAUAUGGAAACCGCUACAAUGAAAAAUGUGAUUGCAUUACAUCAUUAACCUCUAGUUCAAAGGAGAACUUAAACAUUUUAAAAUCCACUAUCUUUGAUGAAUGAAACAAACAAAUACAAGCAAAUAAGGAAGAAUUGACUAAUAAUUAAUGUUUAUGUAUUAAAACAACUUUAAUCUCAAUCUAUAACUGAUUAAAAAGAACAAAACACAAAAAUAAUAUAUUAGAAUAUGAAAAUUUGAUUCUUACGUUUCGACAUUGACCAGGCGAGGAUUCAAGGAGGGAGAAGAAGUUCUGUGAGAAAAAAAGGAAUUCGGAGAAUAUUAAUUUUAGUUUGAUCAGAUGCAAACGUGUGAGAUGAAUGAGUUUGUGUUUUUUCAUUAUUUUGCCCAAAAUAAAAGUAUUAUAUUGGAAUUGGA